AAGGUUACUUGAUUUAAUACUUGAGGAGUUAAGUCCUCAAUAUAUAGAUAGUCUAGUCUUAACUUACCAUGCAUAGAAAAUCAUUCCUUUCAUAUUUCUUCCACUUCCCCUAACAAUCCAUUCAUACACAACUAGUUUCCAAUAACCUAAUCGAAAACCAUCCCAUCCCAUCUCGCAGCAAAAUGAGCACACCCAUAUUCAACACCUCAAUCCCCAACGGCGGAAACCCCAAACUCAUAGACAUCAACGCGCAAUACUCCGGUUUCGAAUUCCACUACACAUACAUAAUCUUCUGCGGCUUCAUCGUCUGGCUCAUCAUCCCCGGAAUCGGUCUUCUUUACAGUGGACUUGCACGACGAAAAUCAGCUCUUACUUUACUCUUUCAAUCACUUCUCGUAGUAGCAGUGACGACUUUUCAAUGGAUGUUUUGGGGAUAUUCUCUUGCGUAUUCGCGUACUGCGGGUCCUUUUAUUGGUGAUUUGGCGAAUUUCGGUUUGAAGAAUGUUAUGGCUGCUCCGUCGGUGGGUAGUGCGGUCAUUCCGGAAAUUGUGUUUUGUUUGUACCAAUUACUGUUUUGUGCAUGUACGGUUCAGAUUGUGGUUGGUGGUGCUUUUGAGAGAGGAAGAAUUAUGCCGAGUUUGGUGUUUGGGUUUUGGUGGGCAACUAUUGUUUAUUGUCCGAUUGCUUGUUGGACUUGGAAUCCUAGUGGGUGGUUGUAUAAUGUGAGUUUUCUUAGACGGUGAGAUUACCUGAAAGAGAUCAAAACUAACAAAAGAAAGCUUCCUUCUUUGGAUUUUGCAGGUGGUGGACCAGUUCAUAUUGCUUCUGGAUGGUCUGCAUUGGCAUAUGCUCUGGUAUUAGGAAAACGCAAGCACACUGGCGAGAAGUCUCAUGGAAGACCACAUAACACUACACUUGUGUUCCUUGGUACAGUACUCAUUUGGUUUGGAUGGUUUGGUUUCAAUGGUGGUAGUGCUUUGAAUGCCUCUAUUAGAGCCAUGCUCGCUGCAUUUAAUACCAAUACUGCUGCUUGCACUGGAAUUCUUGGAUGGGUUUUCGUCGAUUAUAUAAAACAUGGUGGAAGAUUCAGUCUUGUAGGAGCUUGUGAAGGAGCAAUUGCUGGACUUGUAGGAAUUACUCCUGCUGCAGGAUAUGUUUCCGUUUGGUUGGCUGCAGUCAUUGGUUUCAUAACUGCAGUAGUUUGCGCAUUAUUACAAAACAUAAAUGAAUGGCUUCAUAUUGAUGAAGGAAUGGAUGUCUUCAAACUCCAUGGUAUUGGUGGGAUGGUGGGAAGUAUUUUGACUGGAAUAUUUGCUACAUCUUCUGGUAUGUAUCCCCAUCCUUGAUUUCAUGAUACUUAUACUAAUCUUUAAAUAGUAAGCAUGCUUGAUGGAGUAACUUCGGCUUCAGGUGGUAUUGAUGGAAAUGGUAUUCAAGUGGGUAAACAAUUCGCAGAGAUCACUGCCAUUUCAGCCUACUCAUUCGUAGUAUCUUGCGCUCUUCUCUAUAUCCUGAAAUUUAUUCCAGGAAUGCACUUGCGUGUAACAGAAGAGGCGGAGAUUCAAGGCUUAGACAUGGAUCAAUUCUUUGAUGAGCAAAUUGGUGAUUGGGCAAUAUUUGAUGAAUUGGAUCAGAGGAAAAUGGUAUUGGAUGGGAUCUCGCCAGGAACGCCACAGGUGCAAGAGGUACAAGAAAGGGUAGAACAAACUAAGCAAACUUAAUUGAUGAAUGGAAGGGACAGUAUAUAGCACUAUAGAUAAGAAUAGAACUCCGUUUGAUACCUUACUAUCGUGAUAUUGUACCUUUGAUAUGCAUUACUGUAGCAGAGUGACACCAAGUUCGGAUACCGAGUUCUAUAAAAAGUACACGUAUCGGCAACUGGUAAAUUUGAAGGCGCCGCCAGUCAUGUUUGUGAAUCUGGAAACGUACUGGUGGAGGAAGUAUAUGCCCUUUUGUGAUCC